AUGAGCCUGAACCUGACAGAUUUUGAAAAAGAAAUCGCAAACGCCAAUGAGGUUACCGUUUCAGACCCAUUCCACUACGAUGAAGAAGAGAGAAAGCACAGAUUGAGCAAAAGAAAGAGAGCGGCAGACAUUUUCACCAUUGUGUGUUCCGGUUUCGCUUUGAUCUCAGACGGUUACCAGAACAAUGUCAUGACCAUGUUGAACACACUCUUCGCCACCCUUUACCCUAAAGAGUAUGGAACUAAUAUGAAGACCAAUGUCUCCAAUGCUUCUUUGGUGGGAACCAUUUUUGGCCAGGUUGCCAUUGGUAUUUUGUCAGACAGAAUGAACAGAAAACAAGCUGUGGUCAUUGCCACAUUGUUUUUGGUUUUCGGUACCAUUAUGUGUGCUGCUUCUCACGGAAAAUCCGUAAAUGGCAUGUUCUGGAUGUUGAUCAUUUUCAGAGGUGUCACUGGUUUUGGUAUUGGUGCAGAAUAUCCAUCCUGCUCUGUUUCGGCAAACGAAGCAGCCAAUGAGACUGUCCGCAGAAGAGGUGGUGUGUUUUGUUUGGUGACUAACUUGCCCUUGUCCUUCGGAGGUCCUUUUGCAUUGAUCAUUUUCUUAAUUGUGUACCAAAUUACUGGCACCAAGGACAGCUUGUGGAGAACCAUGUUUGCUAUUGGAGCAUUCUGGCCGCUCUCUGUUUUUUACUUCAGAUACAAGAUGGCAACAUCUGAAUUAUUCAAAAAGUCCGCUAUUAGAAAGAACGUUCCUUACUUUUUGGCUGUGAAGUACUACUGGAGAAGAUUGUUGGGAACUUGUUUGUGUUGGUUCUUGUAUGACUUUGUGACUUUCCCCAACGGUAUUUUCUCUGGUACCAUUAUUUCUUCUGUCUUGAAGGGAAAGGACAAGAAGAACAUGGAAAAGAUUGCCGAAUGGAACUUGUUGUUGGGUAUCAUUGCCAUUCCUGGUGUUAUAGUGGGUGCCUACUUGUGUGACAAGAUUGGAAGAAGAAACACUUUGGCCCUUGGUUUUUCAGGCUACAUUGUGUUUGGUCUCAUUAUUGGUUGUUCCUUUGACAAAAUCAAAGACAUUACUGGUCUUUUCAUUGUCUUUUACGGUUUGAUGAUGUCAAUGGGAAACUUGGGACCAGGUGACAUGAUGGGUUUGACUUCUUCUGAGUGUUUUGCUACUCCAGUGAGAGGAACCUUUUACGGCUUUUCCGCCGCCAUCGGAAAAGUGGGUGCAGUCGUUGGAACCAAAAGUUUUACUCCUAUUCAAAACAAUAUUGGCAAAAAAUGGACUUUUAUCAUUGCAGCUAUUUGUGGUUUGUUAGGUGUGGCCACUGCACUCCUUUGUAUUCCUCAAUUGACUGACGAUGACUUGAUGAAGGAAGACAUCAACUUCAAAAACUACUUGGUCCAACACGGAUGGACUGGCCAUUUCGGAUUUGAGGAAGAGCUUGAUUCCGUUAAUACCAACUCGGACGAAGAUGUCGAGAAGGAGAACAUUGUGGCGGAGCCUUCCAAAAAAUAG